AUGCCACCGAAAUCUGCUCCCUCAGGACGGGGCAUCGCAAAAACUACCCGCGGUGGCUCAAAUACACGUCAUCAAACUGGACGAAAGACCGCCGGGGCAAGAGUCAGUAUAGAGCAUCCUCCCCCUCGUCAACGAGGUCGUCGACACAAAUCUGGUACAAAGGCUCUCCAGGAGAUUCGAAGAUACCAGAAGUCAACGGAUCUACUUCUGCUCAAAACACCAUUCCAGCGACUUGUUCGAGAAGUGACACAGAAUGUUACGGCCGUGACUGGUCCUGAUCGAUGGCAAAGCCAGGCCGUUGCCGCCUUACAAGAAGCCACCGAGGCAUUCCUAGUUAGCUUAUUUCAUGAUGCAAAUCUUUGUGCAAUUCAUGCUAAGCGCGUCACAAUACAACAAAAAGAUAUACAACUUGCACGAAGAUUGCGAGCUGCUUGGGGGGCACCUGUCUGA